GUUUGGGAGCGAGCGACGGCCGUUCCAGACCGACAACAAGUGGCGGGCGGAGAGACGAAAGAGGGCGGAGGGUGUGCGUUGGUGCCUGGUUGCUGAGGGUUGCUGGCCUGCUGAUUGAAGCUGGAUGGCAGCGACGGGACGCUUGAAGCUGGCUCUCACGGAGUCUCACGGAAAGCGUCGGUUGUCCCCUCCCUCCCUCCGGCAGGCGCCAUCUCCAACCGGCAAGCGACUCAUCUUGGCUCAACCUCUCCUCCUGCAUCCCCUAUCACACCCCUCCUCAGCCCCUCCUCGUGAAAGACAGACAGUUGGACGCCUGAGUCGAACAUACUCGCAUACUGCAUUGGCACCCAGUGCGCUGUUCGCCAUGUUCGAAAAGUCCCUAACAGACCUCAUCCGCGGCAUCCGCGCCAACAAGAAAAACGAGGAAAAAUACAUUGCAACAUGCCUGGACGAGAUCAGGAACGAAGUCAGGAAAAAUGACCCGGAGAUCAAGGCUGGAGCUAUUCGGAAGCUUGUUUAUCUGCAUAUGCACGGCUACGACAUGGCAUGGGCCUCCUUUCACGUCAUCGAGGUCAUGUCCUCGCCAAAGAUCCAGUACAAGCGGCUCGGGUACCAAGCUGCCUCUGUAUCGUUCAAGCAGGAUACGGAUGUGUUGAUGCUUUGUACUAAUCUCAUCAAGAAGGACCUGUCCUCCAACAGCUACCACGAAUCCGCUCUCGCCCUGCACGGCCUCGCCUCGAUCGUAACCCCCGACCUCGGCCGUGACCUGGCCCCCGACUUGAUCGCCAUGAUGAACCACUCGCGACCUUAUAUCCGCAAACGAGUGAUUCUGGUACUCUAUCGCGUGUUUUUGAAGUACCCCGAAGCGCUGCGGCUGGCGUUUCCGAGGCUUAAGGAGAAAUUGGAUGAUCCUGAUCCAGCGGUGGUGUCGGCGGCUGUGAACGUGAUAUGCGAGCUCGCAAGACGGAACCCGAAGAGCUAUCUCAACCUCGCGCCAAGCCUGUACGGUCUCCUGACAAACUCCACCAACAACUGGAUGCUGAUCAAGAUCAUCAAACUGUUCGCAGCCCUAACCCCCUUAGAACCGCGCCUCGUCAAAAAGCUGCGUCCGCAAAUCACCAACCUGAUCCAAUCCACCUCCGCCAUGUCUCUGCUCUACGAAUGCAUCCACACCGUGAUCGUCGGCGGGAUGAUAGGACCCGAGACUGAAGGCGGGGAGGAGGAGGCGCAGGAUCAGGCGCUUGCGCGGCUUUUGACGAGCAAGUUGAAGCUGUUUAUUGAGGAGCCGGAUCAGAAUUUGAAGUAUUUGGGACUGUAUGCGCUUUGGAAGCUGCUUGCUGUGCGCCCGAAAGCGGUGAUUGAGCAUCGGGACACGAUUUUGGCGUGUUUGGAUGAUGCGGAUGUUAGCAUUAGGAUGAGGGCGCUUGAUAUUGUUACUGGGAUGGUAACCCAAAGCAAUCUGAUGCAAAUAGUGCGCAAAUUGAUGGGCCAAGUCCUGACAGUCCCCAAACACCAACAACAACGCAGCCCACCCGCCGCCUCCUUCCCACCCCCCUCGCUCGCCCCCUCCAUCCUCGACGCAUCCGACCGCACCCGCGUCCUCACCCGCAUCAUCGACAUCUGCUCAAAGGACACCUACGCCAACAUCACCGAUUUCGAGUGGUACCUCACCACCCUCGUCGACAUGGUUCGGCUCACCCGCGGCGUGGACGUGGGCAACGCCGUCGCGCAGCAAUUGGUGAACGUCACUGUGCGUGUACCGGAAGUUCGAGAGUUUGCGGUGGCGGCCAUGCGGGACUUGUUGAUGGACGAUACCCUGCUCCUCUCCGCGACGCAGCUGGAGAAGAACAACGCCGCGGUGCUGUGGGCUGCUGCGUGGAUCUGUGGCGAGUUUAGGGGCCAUGUCGAUGAUCCGUCGGGGUUGAUUACGCGGUUACUGGCGCGCGGUGUUGUGGCGUUGCCCCCGGUGGUGCAGGCUGUGUUUUUGCAGAAUGCGCUGAAGCUGUACGCCCAUUGGGCGGUUGAUCUGCAGAAAACGCCUGAGGAUUCACCCGCAACAACGCCACUGAACGCCGAAACCUUUGGCCAGACAACCUCGGAACUGCUCACCGCCCUCGCACCCUUCCGCACGGCCGCUGACCUCGAAGUGCAAGAACGGGCUUGCGAGGUCUUUGAAAUCAUCCAGUUGGUCCACCGCCACUGCACACACACCCCUGGAGAUUCGACACAGCAGCAACGCGGCUUGGUGCUCACCGAGUUACACACCCUCUUCAAGGGUGAACUCAACCCUGUCGCCUCCAAAGCCCAGAAACGCGUACCGGUACCCGAAGGGUUAGAUUUGGACGCGUGGAUCUUCGAGCCGGAGCCCGAACCGGUCGAAGAAAGCAGCAAUGUCGAAGAUGUAGACGAUACAGAUUUCUGGGGCGAGAAACCCAGCGGCGGCGGCGGUGGGGGAACAUUUGACAGUAACACCGACUCACCAGCCGACGCGGACCGCAAACGCGCCGAACGUCGUGAACGCCAGAAAUUUGAUCCGUACUAUAUCCCCAGCGGCGGGCAACAACAACAACAACAACAACCGCUGUACGAUGAUAUCGAUGUGAACGAGAUCCCCAUCGUCCGGCUAGAUCUCCCGCCCCUCUCCUUUGGCGAAAUCGAAACGGGCCGUUCCAAGAAAAGCAAAAAAGGCAAAUCCACCCGCGCUGACGACCUCCUUGGUCCCCCCUCCUCAUCAUCAUCAAGACAACCACAGAAAUCAUACAACAUCAACCGCGGCGGGGAGAUGCCCGACGGUCCAGCGGCGGGAGACGAUGACCGCGAGAGCCCACUGAACGCGGAUGUGGAUGAGAUUACGAAAGCGGUGAUGAGCGUGGAUUUGACGGCUGGCGCUGAUGGGGAGUUUGAUGUUAUGGAGCCGAGGGAUUUCCCGCCCCCGCCGCCCGCUCCUGAUAAGAAUACGACGGGGGAGUUGCUGGUGUGAAGAUGAAGAAGAAGAAGAAGGAGAAGGGAGGGGAUGCUGAUUCGGGGUUGGUAAAGAAGAAGAAAAAGAAGACUGUGAAUGAGGAGGACGUAGGGGUGGAACCGGUUAAGAAAAUCAAGAAGAAGAAGGCACCUGUAACGAUCGCUGACCCCGCGCCUACGUCGACAUCAACCCCCGCCACCCCCACCGCGGCGUCGGGACCGUCGUCCCCAGCCCACAUCAACAAAUCCCAGCUGUACGCAGGCAGGGGCAUCGACAUUGACGCACCCUACGAGCGUGUCGCAUCCCCCGCCUUAUCCGUCGGCGACACGGCCACGGGUGCCGACCACCUUCCCACCCCAACACAACCCGAACCCGAAGAACCCAGGGACUGGAUAGACAUAGGCGGCGACGACACCAUCGCCGUCAGCUACG